AUACAAUCCCUCCCUGGCUCCUUUCACUCUGAGGCUACAGCCUCCUAUACAGCACCCUACUCUGCCUGUCCGCUUGAUACGCCACUGGUCUGAUCAGUGAGAGGUCCCUGUGACUGUGAAUGUGUCUGUGAGGUACAUUAGGAUGAGCGGGCCCCACUCUAUCGCUGCCUGCGGGGACUGAGAGACACCGCUCUAUACAAAGCAGUCGAUGCGGUCUUCCACCGCAUCACACGUGGCUGAGAAUCCAGCAUGUCUCGCGUCUCCACCACCGCCAAGCGUUACACCGGCUCCUCCUAUACCGGCUCCUCCUAUACCAGUGCCUAUAGCUCCUAUGGCUCCUCCCUGACGCCCUCCUCCCUCAGCUCCUACACCUCCGACCGGGACAGGCUGCCCUCCUACAGGAGCAARGCWGCCUCCUCCUCGGGCUACUCCUCCUCCAGCUACCUGAGCAGCGCCGCCAGCCGCGCCCGCAACUACAGCACCUCCURGGAGCUCGACCGGGGCCGGCCCAUUCCCCGCACUGACCUCCUGAGCAGCAGCAGCCGGCGCAGCGAGAGCCUGAGCCGCACCCCGGUGAAGACCUAUGGCUCGUCGGGCCUGAGCGGCYGCUCCGGUUACACUGGCUACAGCAGCUACUCCUCMUCCACCACGCCCAGCCGCUCCAGCUACCUCUCCUCGUCGCCRGGSGCCUCCAGCAUCUCCCUCASCCGCKGYAGGUCGUCGAGCCAGAGUGACCUGACGCGGGACCUGUCGUCCCUGGGCCUCAACGAGCCCACCUCCCCUUCCUCCUCCUCCAGCGCCCUGAGGGGUUACCGGAGCAGGGCCAGCGAUGUGGCCGACUCCUACAACAGCAGCCUGCAGAGCUCCAGCUAUGGCCUGUCCCACAGCGCCACACAGGAGGCCUUGAGCAGCAGCAGCCUGAAGAGCGGUGGUGGUAGCCGCUUCAGCUCCUCCUAUGAGAGGAGCGACAGCAGCAGCAAUGGACGAUCCAGCUCCCUCACCAGGGACUCCCUGAACUCCAAGAGUGCCCAGGGCCUGGUGGGCCUACGGAACCUGGGAAAUACCUGCUUCAUGAACUCCAUCCUGCAGUGUCUCAGUAACACACACAACCUCCGGGACUACUGUCUCCACAACUCCCACCGACGCGACCUUAACAAAAACAGCCGCACCAACACCGGAGCGCUCAUGGAGGAAUUUGCCAAGCUCCUCCAGACCAUGUGGACGUCCUCGAGCAGCGAGGCGGUCGGCCCSUCAGAGUUCAAAACUCAGAUUCAGAGAUACGCCCCCCGAUUCGUGGGAUACAACCAACAGGACGCCCAGGAGUUCCUGCGCUUCCUGCUGGACGGGCUGCACAACGAGGUAAACCGGGUCACGGUGCGGCCGCGGGGCAGCUCAGAGGACUUUGACCACUUGCCUGACCGAGAGAAAGGGGAUAGAAUGUGGAGCAAGUACCUGGAGAGAGAGGACAGUAAAGUAGUGGACCUGUUUGUGGGUCAGCUGAAGAGCUCGUUGACAUGCAGCACGUGUGGCUACUGCUCCACUGUCUUUGACCCCUUCUGGGAUCUCUCUCUACCCAUCGCCAAGAAGGGCUACGGAGAAGUGAGUCUGAUGGACUGCAUGAGUCUCUUCACCAAAGAGGACGUGCUCGACGGAGAUGAAAAACCAACGUGCUACAGGUGUAAAGCCAGAAGAAGAUGCACAAAGAAGUUCACUGUACAGAAAUUCCCCAAGAUCUUAGUGCUUCAUCUGAAACGCUUCUCUGAAGCGCGGAGAACCAGCAAACUGUCCACAUUUGUCAACUUCCCCAUGGAGAAACUGGACCUCAGGGAGUUUGCCUCGGAAAACAGCAUAAAUGCAGUGUAUAACCUGUACGCAGUGUCCAAUCACUCAGGCACGACCAUGGGCGGCCACUACACAGCGUACUGUCGCAACCCCACCUCGGGAGAAUGGUACACGUUCAAUGACUCCAGAGUAUCGCCAAUGUCCUCCCGCCAAGUGCGCAGCAGUGACGCCUACGUGCUAUUCCUACGAGCUGGCCUGUCCUCUCGCGGAUGUGACCGGCCUCCCGGAGGAGGAGGUGGACGGCACUGCGACGGGGACUUCAGGCAGGGAGAAUGGAGGGCCAUGGAGGAGCACCUGAGGCAGAUCCAGGCCCCUAUCUGGCAGCGAGCUAUAGUGCUCCUCACCCACGGAGCUGAGAUACCAAGAGGAACCACCGCUGAGGAACACAUCCGAGGGAAGGGCAAGAGUCUCCUGUGGCUUGUGGAGAGGUGUGGGAACAAGUUCCAUGUUCUGGACAGCCAAGCCAGGGACAACGAGGUUAAGGUCCAAUUGCUGUUGGAGAAAAUUGAUAGGAUGGUUGAGAUAAAUAUGCGUCCAAGGGAAAUACAGGAGAGGUUGUACACCCAGGGAGAGGUGGAAGGGAGGACGGUCACAGUGGUGGACACUCCCGGUUGGAGUCUCUACGGUCUGUCCAACCCGAAGAAGGUCAGACUGGAGAUGAGAGGGAGUGCAUCCCUGUGCCCCUAUGGGGUAGUUUGUACAUUCCUCUUGGCCAUACCUGUUGACUCCUUCAAAGAGAAAGAUAGGUGUGCUGUGGAGAAAUACCUGAGUGUUUUGGGUGAGGGGGUAUGGAGAAGCACCAUGGUGCUUUUCACCUAUGGUGAUGAGUUAAGAGGCAGAACCAUUGAGGAGCACAUUGAGGAGACUGGAGAGCCCCUCCGUGGGCUGCUGGGGAAGUGUGGUCACAGGUACCACGUCUUAGAUAACAAUAUUAAUGCCGAUCUAACCCAGGUUAUUGAGCUGUUGCAGAUGGUGGAGCAGUUGUAG